GGCUCUGCUCGCCCCCUCUCUGAUGCCAGUCCCGCCGUGCCAUGAGUCUAUGAGCCCGCUCCGGAUCAGCGUGGGUGGUCUGCCCGUGCUGGCGUCCAUGACCAAGGGCGCUGACCCGCGCUUCCGACUGCGCUGGAAGGCCAUCGUGCUGUCCUCAGCCUGCCUGGGGCUCGUGCUGCUGCUCGUCUGCCUGCAGCGCUCCUCGCCGGCGCGGCACGGCCCCCCCAGCCCUCGCGCCUGGCAGCCGGGCCUGCAGGCGGGGCAGCGCUACAAUGACACCUACCCGCUGUCCCCGCCGCAGAGGAACCCCGAGGGCGUGCGCUACCGCAUCGCCGUCAUCGCCGACCUGGACACGCGCUCCCGCGGCUCCCAGGAGCACACCUGGUUCAGUUACCUGAAGAAGGGCUACCUGGUCCUGUCAGACAGUGGGGACAGAGUGACGGUGGAGUGGGACAAGGAUGAGAGCAUGCUGCAGUCCCACCUGGCUGAGAAGGGCCGGGGCAUGGAGCUCUCGGAGCUGGUGGUGUUCAAUGGGAAGCUGUACGCCGUGGAUGACCGGACAGGUGUGGUCUACCAGAUCGAGGGCAACAAGGUGGUGCCCUGGGUGAUCCUCCCAGAUGGGGACGGCACUGUGGGGAAAGGCUUCAAGGCGGAGUGGCUGGCAGUGAAGGAUGAGCACCUCUAUGUGGGGGGACUGGGCAAGGAGUGGACCACCACGACAGGGGAGGUGGUGAACGAGAACCCCCAGUGGGUGAAGGUCGUUGGCUACAAGGGUGACGUGAGCCACGAGAACUGGGUGACAAACUACAACGCGCUGAGGGCUGCAGCGGGGAUCCGGCCCCCAGGGUACCUGAUCCACGAGUCGGCCUCGUGGAGCGACACGCUGCAGCGCUGGUUCUUCCUGCCGCGCCGCGCCAGCCACGAGCGCUACAGCGAGCGCGCGGACGAGCGGCGCGGCACCAACCUGCUGCUCAGCUCCUCACAGGACUUCGGCCACGUCACCGUGGGCCGCGUGGGCGACGUGGUUCCCACCCACGGCUUCUCCUCCUUCAAGUUCAUCCCAAACACGGACGACCAGAUCAUCGUGGCGCUCAAGUCGGAGGAGGACAACGGGAAGAUCUCCAGCUACAUCAUGGCCUUCACGCUGGACGGGCGCUUCCUCCUGCCCGAGACCAGGAUUGGGAGUGUGAAGUACGAGGGCAUUGAGUUUAUUUAACAGACACCUGGAGUGGAUUGGUGAGGGCAGCCUGGGGCCGUGGGCAGGCCCUGCUCUCAGCCCGGGCUCCGUCAGGGAUGCCGGGCAGUGCUCCCAGCCCUGUCCUCUGUCCCGGGCUCUCCUGUAAAGUGUUGGCUGAGCUGCA